CAAUGACCCCUGUCCCUCCAUGGACUGUACCACUUUUCAUCAUCAUCAUCACCAUGGCGGCUAUGGAGACAAUGCGGAACCAGUUGGAGAAAAAACUGAAGGAAUUUCAGGGAGUUCAGAAAGACCUACAGAAGACAGCAUCGACAAGGAACCAGCUGGAUGUACAGCUGAACGAAAACAAAAUUGUGAAAGAGGAGUUGGAACUCCUGGAGACAGAUGCUAACGUGUACAAGCUGACAGGACCGGUAUUGGUCAAACAAGACCUGGAGGAGGCCAAGGCCAAUGUCGGCAAGAGAAUAGAGUAUAUUGAAGGGGAAAUUAAACGACAAGACGCAACCAUUAAGGAUUUUGAAGAGAAACAAGAGAAGAGCAGAAAGGAGCUGACGGUUCUUCAACAGCAGUUUCAGCAGGCCCAGGCUAAAGCUACCGGCAAGGCAUAACACAUGUUAGCAAGGAUUCCAACUGCCUGACUGUAUAUUAAGUACACAGGAUGUGUGAGGUGACAGUUAUCAAUUUUUGCUCUUUAUGUUGUUAUCAUUCGGUAAAGAUACCAUGUUGGAUGAAGUGCAGGCUGUGUUACAUACAUGUACAUGUAUAUCAACUAUUUGUUACAUUAUUUGGCUGAAAUCAGUUGUGAUGGGUUGUGUAGAUGACUACAAGAGUACCUUAAUUUCACAUGUGUGAUAGGUUACAAUUGUCUGUCAACCAUUAAAGCUGUGGACUUAAUUUGCUUUGUUGUAACUUGCCUCAAUAGCAGAGUCCACAGAUUGUACUCAGUGAAUGCAUUGCAAAGGCCAAUGCUGCUUUAUGCAUGAGGAAUAUGCAGUUCAGAUAGAUUGUACAUUGUAGUAUGUCAGGUAACCCCAUACUUACAGUUACACUUAUUAGUAUCAGUUCAGUAGGUACAGAUUACAAUAUUCACAUCAAAAUUUGGCAAACAUGUAGAUGUUUCACAGCUACAACUUCACAAACACAAAGACCGUUGUGAUAUCAGUCUCAAUUCUGGGUUUCUUAAUACAUACAUAUGUUGUAGUUGUGUGCUUCGUGUGUCACUGUGUAUUUGAACUUUUGUUAUUAAUUUGUGAGAGACCAACUGAAAGUUUGAAUUUGGAUUUGACUUGAGUGAUAACCUGUACAAGUUCAUUUGAAAUGUACAAGCAUGUCAACCUUUUUCAUUCGUUUUUGCACCAGUUGAGUAGUACAUAACAACACAAAAGAACUGGAAGAGUGUGAUGUUUACAUGUAUUAAAUUAGCUUUGUA